GAGCAAGCAAACACCUAACUUGAUUGAUAUUCACAGUUCCCUCCAUGAGAAACUUGGCUGUAUCUUAUCCACUCCUUACUGAUUGAAACCUCCUAAUCCUCCCUCUUCCUUUGCUUCCCGAAGAACCAAACCAAGCAAAAAAAAAAGGAUAGAAAACAAUAAGAGAAAUGUCUAUGCUAUCUUCUUCUAUUCCUUCAAUCAAAAUCAAACCAACUCCUUCAAUCUUCUCCCUAAAGCACUCGACCAUGGUCAAGUGCUCUAAAGCUGAUGGGCCUCUGAGGAGGCCUUCAGCUCCUUCUCUCUCCCCUCCACCUUCACCUCCACUUUCUCCCCCUCCGACCACCAAUAAACCAGUUGCGUCUCCGACUCAGUCUCCACUCAAGAAAUCAGCGGAAUCAGAUGUAGCAGGAGUGACUCUGGAGUACCAGCGAAAGGUGGCGAAGGAGCUGCAGGACUAUUUUAAGCAGAAGAAGCUCGAGAAGGCUGCCGACAGAGGCCCCUUCUUCGGUUUCAUCGCCAAGAAUGAAAUUGCGAAUGGCAGAUGGGCGAUGUUCGGUUUUGCUGUGGGUUUGCUCACAGAGUACGCAACGGGGUCGGAUUUUGUUCAGCAGCUGAAGAUCCUUCUUUCCAAUUUUGGUUGUGGUUGAUUGAUACUUCUCUUUCCCUU